AUGGCGCCGAAAAAGGCCGUGAAAGUAGUGAAACAGGAGAAGCAGGUGUGCGUGGAUGCUGCCGCGCAGGACAAGAAAAGGCAGAACGAUUUCGCAUGCAAGCUGACGAAGGCACCACAUCGCAUCAAGGAGUUCUACGACAAAGGCCUGAAGCACCUCGAGGCGUCAAAGUCAGCGGAGAAGGAAGAAUUCAUUCGACAGACUCUCGCUACGGUGGACUUCAAGGACGCGUACUUCGAGGGCAUCGAGAUCAUCCGCGACACCGAGAUGAAGAAGGUCACUGAGAGUUGGAUGCCGUGGACGGCCAUCACGCAGAAAAACGGCCCCGCGCUGGACAGGGCCAAGAUCUCCGAGAUCAAGAAGCAGCACAACGCGUACAGUGCUGUGACAGUCGACUUCAAGAUGAAGCUGGCGAAGUUCUCGGAGAACAGGCACGUUGAGCAGUUCUACGCGGAGGCAAACGCAAGCUUCAAGGCCGCGAAGAAGAAUGAUUCCAAGAUCAUCAAAUUCUUGGAGAAAGUAUCGCACGGCGACGCGAUCCCAACAGAGGAGGUCGAGAACGCCGCAGCGCUUGCAGAUGAGCUGAAGGACGACGUGGCCACGGUCAGGGAUUACCUGUCUAUGAUGGCCACGAUCGCAACGAGGUUGACCAAGAAGAGGGAGCGGUCUGCCGCCGCGGACACCGACGGGGAGGCCUGA